GAGCACAUAUAUAUAUAUACAUACACUAUAAUAUAUUUCCGAAUUAACCCCCAUCUGAGAGCCUCUGCUCCGAUUCUCCAUCUGCUUUUUCUCAUUAUAUUCUCCGAUCUCCCAACUCCGGGGGGCCGCCGCCGUCGAUCGAACUCCCUCAAUUUCUUAUACACAUGGAGACCAUUGUUGUUCGACUCAUCUCAUAGAUGGAGAUGGUACUUUUAAUGUUGCUGGAAUUGAUAGUUUCAUGAAGGAAGUUAAACUUGGAGAGUGUGGGCUUUCUUAUGCUGUCGUCGCAAUCAUGGGUCCUCAGAGUAGUGGGAAGAGUACAUUGUUGAAUCACCUGUUUGGUACUAAUUUCAAAGAAAUGGAUGCUUUUAAGGGCAGGUCUCAAACCACAAAAGGCAUCUGGAUGGCGCACUGUGUUGGCAUUGAACCUUGCACUCUUGUAAUGGAUUUAGAGGGUACUGACGGAAGAGAAAGAGGAGAGGAUGAUACGGCAUUCGAGAAGCAGAGUGCUCUCUUUGCCCUUGCUGUUUCUGAUAUAGUGCUGAUAAACAUGUGGUGUCACGAUAUUGGGCGUGAGCAGGCUGCAAAUAAACCUCUUUUAAAAACUGUAUUUCAGGUUAUGAUGAGACUGUUUAGUCCUCGUAAGACAACUUUAAUGUUUGUCAUUCGUGAUAAAACAAGGACACCUCUGGAAAACUUGGAACCAGUUUUAAGGGAAGACAUUCAGAAGAUAUGGGAUUCUGUUCCUAAGCCACAAGCUCAUAAGGAAACUCCAUUGAGUGAAUUUUUCAAUGUAGAAGUUGUGGCUCUCUCUAGUUAUGAAGAGAAGGAAGAGCUAUUUAGAGAACAGGUUGCAAGUCUCAGACAGCGAUUCUUCCAUUCGAUUGCACCAGGUGGGCUUGCUGGGGAUAGGCGUGGUGUAGUCCCUGCUUCAGGCUUUUCGUUCAGUGCACAGCAGAUAUGGAAGGUCAUCAAGGAGAACAAGGACCUUGACCUGCCAGCUCACAAGGUCAUGGUUGCCACUGUACGUUGUGAAGAGAUUGCUAAUGAAAGAUUUUCUUCUUUCAUUGCAAAUGAGGAAUGGCGUCAAUUGGAAGAGACUGUACAAACUCAACCAGUCCCUGGGUUUGGGAGGAAGCUCACCUCCAUUAUUGAUGCUUGUCUAUCAGAGUAUGAUGCAGAGGCCACAUAUUUUGAUGAAGGUGUUAGAUCUUCCAAGCGGAAACAAUUGGAGGAGAAGCUUUUGCAACUUGUCCAACCAGCGUAUCAGUUCAUGCUGGGACACAUACGCUCUGGAACCUUGGAGAGAUUCAAAGAAGCAUUUGAUAGUGCCUUGAAUGGUGGUAAAGGAUUUGCUGCGGCUGCACGAGAUUGCACCGAGUACUUUAUGGCACAGUUUGAUGAAGCAUCUGCAGACGCGCACAUUGACCAAGCGAAUUGGGAGUCUUCUAAAAUAAGAGAUAAGCUUAGGCGUGAUAUCGAUGCACAUAUUGCUGCAGUACGUGCUGCCAAGCUGUCCGACCUUACAACCAUGUAUGAGACAAAGUUGAACGAAGCAUUAUCUGGACCUGUUGAGGCUUUGUUGGAUGGAGCCAGCGAUGAUACAUGGCCAGCAAUAAGAAAACUUCUCCGUCGUGAGACUGAUACAGCCGUUAAUGGGUUUUCUAGUGCACUCUCUGGUUUUGAAAUUGAUGACGUAACAAAAGAUAAAAUGCUCUCAAGGUUGGAGGAUCAUGCAAGAGGAAUAGUAGAAGCAAAGGCUAAAGAAGAAGCAGGAAGGGUCCUGAUCCGCAUGAAAGACAGGUUUUCUACAUUGUUUAGCCAUGAUUCUGACUCAAUGCCACGCGUCUGGACUGGGAAGGAAGAUAUUCGAGCAAUCACCAAGACUGCUCGUUCUGCUUCUUUGAAGAUACUUUCUGUUAUGGCUGCUAUCCGUCUGGAUGAUAGUGCUGAUUCGAUUGAGAAUACGUUGGCUCUUGCGCUUGUUGAUCCCAAAAGUGGGACUACUGCUAACAGGAGUAUAUCAGGGGACCCUCUUGCCUCUAGCAGUUGGGAUGAGGUUCCAUCAUCAAAAACUUUGUUGACACCAGUUCAGUGUAAAUCGUUGUGGAGGCAAUUUAAAUCUGAGACCGAAUAUACUGUUAGUCAAGCCAUUGCUGCUCAGGAGGCUAGCAAGCGAAAUAACAACUGGUUACCACCUCCAUGGGCAAUCGUCGCAUUAGUUGUUUUGGGUUUUAAUGAAUUUAUGACCCUUUUGAGAAAUCCUUUGUAUUUGGGCGUCAUAUUUGUUGCUUUCCUGCUUAUAAAAGCUCUUUGGGUGCAAUUGGACAUAUCUGGUGAAUUCCGCAAUGGAGCUCUACCUGGAAUUCUCUCAAUAUCCACCAAAUUUCUCCCUACCGUCAUGAAUCUUCUUAGAAAAUUAGCUGAGGAGGGCCAAAGGCAGGCUAAUCCUGAUCCUCAGCGCAAUCCUCCAGUUCCAGCAAAGACCUUACGGAGUGGUACAAAUGAUCAUGAUGAUUAUUCAUCAAGUGCUUCCUCUGGGGUUACGGCUUCUGAAAAUGGAACAGAAUAUUCUAGUCCCUUGGCCCACCAGAAAGCUCAGUAAGCUUUUAUCCCCCUUGCUCUUGUUUCUCUGAGGCUUCCGGCUCUAAUUAUUUGAAGCAUAAUUCGGCACACACUUGUGUGUUUUUGGGAUUAAUGUCUAUCGGAAAGAAACGAACAGAUGUUGGAGAUUGAUUUGCCGGUUUGCGUGUGGUUUACAGGAUCUGUGAUUUGUCGUGAAAAAUUACCUCACUGGUAGGUUUAGCUUUUCCCUUUUUCCCCCUCACCUUUUUGUAUUCCUUGUCUGUGGUGGUAAUCUACCAGGGCUUUUAUUGGCCUGGUCUUGAUUGUGAUUGUUCUUCUUUACCUAAGUUUUGUAUCAUUAGAAGUUAAAUCUAAGUAUAUAUUUAAUGACAUUGGGAAUUUUAUGACCCAUUUUGUAUUUAAAGAGAAAUGGGAUUCUUCUGAUCGAUUCAGAACUCGAAACACAAGGUCAUGGACGUAGUUAACUAAGUUUUCUGUUGUCUGUGUAGGCGAGCAUUUGAGUUGAGCUUGUGUUUGACUCCA